AUGCCCGGCGGAGGACACAAGUUCGAACGCCAUGCCUCAGUCACGCAGCAGCGUCGACUGGCGCUACAGUACGAGCGCCACGCUUGGUCAGGACCGCCGUCAGAUAAUAUCUACGCCGGUAUUUCCAGCAACUUUGAAGAUCACUAUACAUCAACUAUAGCUAUCGCAAUCCGCGACACCACAUAUUUACUUGACUUCAUCGAGAAGCAGUUCUCAAACGGUCAAGCCUCGGCAGAGGAGGCCACUGACUUCGUCAUUUCCGAACUGAAAGCGUAUUCCAUGCAUCAUUUGGAGAAAAUUGUUGGGAUAUCAAUGCCUGAACAUGUUGCAAAGCACUGCCCUCGACUGUGCCCUCGCCUUUGGGCGGAGCUUGACAUCGUUCCAUUGGUACUGUCGAACGCAACUCUAAUAGACAGAGUCAGUGUCGAUCAAGCUAGCGAGAACCGAAACCCGGCAGCUAAUGGAUGGAGUGAAAAGACCAUCGACGAACAGGCAGAAUCCAUGGCACGAAAAGGUGUUAGACUAUUUGGACCGGAAAACACGCCCCUGCUACAAGUGGGCUUCCUCGGGCUCGUGGAAGUAGACACAGCUUACCAUGUGCGACUUGCGGACCUGAGUGAUUUUCAGAAAACAGUGUCCGAUAGAACUUGGACCGCAGUGCAACGCCACGCCGCUGAACUAAAAUCACGCAAUGUCAAAGUCGCAUUUUUCAGUGCCACGCCUCAGGGUGGUGGCGUGGCUUUAAUGCGGCAUGCUCUCUUGCGAUUUUCACAUUGUCUAGGCACUGACAUCAAGUGGUACGUCCCGAAGCCACGCCCAGGCGUCUUCCGGGUAACCAAAACAAACCAUAAUAUCCUGCAAGGUGUCGCCCAUCCAGACGAGCGUUUAACACCAGAGAAUAAUAAAUUUCUGCAGGACUGGAUUGAGGAGAAUUCUAGGCGAUACUGGACCCGAUUAGGUGGACCUUUGCUUCCACCAUCAGAAGGUGGUGCAGAUGUCAUAAUCGUCGAUGAUCCCCAGAUGCCAGCCCUCAUUCCCAUCGCAAAGAAACUAGCUCCAAAUCGACCAAUCAUCUUUCGAAGCCACAUCCAAAUCCGAAGUGAUCUAGUUGCGAUACCGGGCUCCCCACAGGCGGAGGCCUGGGAAUUCCUGUGGGAUCAUAUUAAACACGCCGACCUCUAUAUCAGUCACCCUGUGAGCGCUUUCGUGCCACGGAAUGUGCCCCAAGAGAUGGUAGGCUAUAUGCCUGCAGCAACUGACUGGUUGGAUGGGCUUAACAAAACUAUGCGAGACUGGGACAUCGCGCACUAUAGCCGCAUGUUCAAUUCAGCCUGUCGCAACGUUGAUAUGCCAACUAUUCAAUGGCCCGAAGAUUCAUAUAUCGUCCAGAUCGCACGGUUCGACCCGUCAAAAGGUAUCGUGGACGUGUUGAUUUCCUACGAGAAAUUUUACAACAAACUAGUAGCCGAAGCACCUCAUAUGGUCCCUCCCAAACUAGUAAUUUGCGGACACGGAUCAGUGGACGAUCCCGAUGGAGGGCAUAUCUACGACGAGGUAAUCGACUACCUGGACACAAAAGUCCCAGAUAUCCGCCAUCUGAUCUGCGCGUUGCGGGUGCGGCCCUGCGACCAAGUCCUAAACGCCAUUCUCUCCAAAGCCACCGUCGCACUGCAACUAUCUACAUCUGAAGGUUUCGAGGUAAAGGUCUCUGAGGCAAUCCACAAAGGCAAACCAGUCAUCGCCACGCGUGCCGGCGGCAUCCCGCUGCAGGUUGAGCACGGGAAAAAUGGGUUCCUGGUUGAUGUUGGCGAUACCGAUGCUGUGGCGCAGCGCCUGUUUGAGCUCUGGACAGAUCACGAUCUGUACCACCGCAUGUCAAAGUACGGCAUCCGUAAUGUAAGUGAUGAAGUGAGUACCGUAGGAAAUGCUCUCGCCUGGUUCUAUCUCUCUGCCAAGUUGUCGCGCGGCGAGUCUGUUCGGCCCAAUGGACGUUGGAUCGAUGAUAUGGCAUUCGAAGAGCUCGGUCUCCCUAACAAAGACCACAAGUUGCGGCUCAAACGCGCCGUCAAGGUGGGGCAAAUGGGCUAA